AUGUGCUUUGGAAGUCGGGAUAAGGGUGAUCGCGGUCUUGCGCGAUCUCGUGAUAUCGACAAGCAGCUUCGCCAGGAUGAGAAGAGGCUAUCCAAGGAGGUCAAACUCCUCUUGCUAGGUGCUGGAGAAUCUGGAAAGUCAACUGUCCUCAAGCAGAUGAAGCUCAUUUAUUCUCAAGGCUUCAGCAAAAACGAGAAGCUGGAGUGGAAGCCCGUCAUCUUUAGCAACAUUGUUCAGUCUUUCAAAGUUAUUGCCGAGGCAAUGAAUGAGCACGAUCUCCAAUUCGACAACCCCGACAACGAGAAACAUAUGGCCCACAUCCUCGUCGACCACGAAAUUAGCCCUCACGACCCAAUGCCUGCCGACUAUCUCGAGCCCAUCAAAGCCCUGUGGGUAGACAAUGGUGUUCGAGCAGCCAUUGGGAUGGGCAACGAAUAUGCGCUGCACGACAACUUGACUUAUUUCAUCGAGGACAUCGACAGACUCUGGGGAGAGGACUAUGUACCUGAUGAUCAGGAUCUUCUCCGAUCGCGAUUACGGACUACUGGUAUCACAGAGACCAUCUUCGACCUCGGCCAACUAACCUACCGAAUGUUUGAUGUUGGUGGCCAGCGUUCAGAACGAAAGAAGUGGAUUCACUGCUUCGAGAAUGUCAACUGCCUAUUGUUCUUGGUCGCAAUUAGUGGUUAUGAUCAGUGUUUGGUUGAGGACAAGGAUGGGAACCAAAUGAAUGAGGCGCUCAUGCUUUGGGAGUCGAUUGCCAACUCCCACUGGUUUGCCAGAUCAGCGCUGAUCCUCUUCCUGAAUAAGAUGGAUUUGUUCAAGGAGAAACUCCCCAAGAGCCCUAUUACGAACCACGGGUUCACCGAUUACCAUGGACCUAAGGACGACUAUAAGGCGGCGAGCAAGUACUUCUUGGAUAAGUUUAAGGCUCUGAACCGAAACACCGAGAAGGAGAUUUAUGGCCAUUUCACCAAUGCUACCGAUACGAACCUGCUCAAAAUCACCAUGGCCUCAGUCCAGGACAUGAUCAUCCAGCGCAACCUCAAGCAGCUCAUUCUCUAA